AUGUCGUCCUCCAACCUCGAAAACCCGGACCAGCUCGUCACCUCCACGAACCCUGACCACCCCGCCAAUCUCAUUCCCUCUCUGUGCGCAAAGUUCUGGACCCUCGGCUGGGUCACAGGCACCGGCGGCGGCUGCUCCAUCCGCGAAGAUGACCUCGUCUACAUCGCCCCCUCCGGCGUUCAAAAGGAGCUCAUGAAGUCCACCGACAUCUACGUCCUCUCCCUCGCAGCCCAGGAAGCCUCCCUCAAGAACAGAACCUACCUCCGCUCGCCGCCAGCCUACAAGCCGUCGCAGUGCACGCCGCUCUUCCUCGCGGCCUUCACGCGGCGCGGCGCCGGCUGCUGCAUCCACACGCACUCGCACUGGGCCGUCCUCGUGACGCUGCUGCUCGAGUCGGCGCCCGGCGACGGCAAGCUGUUUGAGAUGAACAACAUUGAGCAGAUCAAGGGCUUCGGCCGCGGCUUCCAGAAGCAGGGCAACCUUGGCUACCACGACACGCUGCGCAUCCCCGUCAUUGAGAACACGGCCCACGAGGAGGACCUGACCGAGUUCCUCGAGGCGGCCAUGGACCGGUACCCGGACACGUACGCCGUGCUUGUCAGGCGGCACGGCGUCUACGUAUGGGGCGAUAAUGUGCACAAGGCCAAGACGCAGUGCGAGAGCAGUAGAGAUGAAGCAGCUCGGCAUCCCGUGGAUCAGCGACAUCCCCGUGGUCAAGCCUACAAGAAUCUAGAGUAG